GCCUGACAGACGCACCGCACACAGGGGAGCCUAUAUAAGCUGUGCAGCUGUCAGGUGGAGGACACUGGCUGCUCUGCGCUGGGGGACGACUGGCUUCAGGGGAUUACAGCUCCAAAUACUCAGAUCUAAACUGUAGCAAUGUCUCACGCCUGGGGAUACGCGGCAAACAACGGACCCGACAAAUGGUGCGAUAACUUCCCCAUUGCCAAUGGACCCCGUCAGUCUCCCAUUGACAUCCUACCUGGCGCAGCAUCAUACGACUCUGGGCUGAAGCCGCUCAACCUGAAGUACGACCCCGCCACCUGCCUGGACAUCCUCAACAACGGACAUUCCUUCCAAGUGUCCUUCUCAGACGACAACGACAGCUCAAGUCUGAAAGAUGGGCCGAUCUCUGGGACCUACAGGCUCAAGCAGUUUCAUUUCCACUGGGGAGCUUCUGACGACAAGGGCUCCGAGCACACUGUGGCCGGGACCAAGUAUCCUGCUGAGCUCCAUCUUGUGCACUGGAACACCAAAUAUGCAAGCUUCGGAGAAGCUGCCAGCCAGCCCGAUGGGCUCGCUGUGGUUGGAGUCUUCCUGAAGAUUGGCGACACAAAUGCAAACCUCCAGAAGGUUCUUGACAUGUUUGGUGCCAUCAAGUGCAAAGGCAAGCAGACCACCUUCCCUAACUUUGACCCUGCGACUUUGCUCCCCGGUUGCCUUGACUACUGGACAUACGACGGCUCCCUGACCACGCCCCCUCUGCUGGAGAGUGUCACCUGGAUUGUGUGCAAGGAGCCAAUCAGCGUGAGCAGCGACCAGAUGGGCAAAUUCCGCAGCCUGCUCUUCUCCGCAGAGGGCGAGUCCGAAUGCUGCAUGAUGGACAACUACCGCCCGCCCCAGCCGCUCAAGGGCCGCGCCGUCCGCGCUUCCUUCCAGUAGUGACCCUCCCCCCGGUUUGCCCUUUCUGCCCUGUUGCCCUCUCUCCCUCCCUUCCCCCGUCCUCUAGCGAAACACCCAGAAUUACCUCUCUUGCAGUGAGUUGCUAAGCACACAUAUCUCUCUCCGUCCAGUUUUAAAAAGAAGAGGAAGAAGAAGAAAUUCCUGUGACUCAUUGCAGCCAUGAGAUGGAGCAUGAAUUUGCACCCUUUUCUAUGUGUAACAUGCCAGCAAAGAAAACCAGUCAUAAUUUAUUUUAUAGGAUUCACACUUCAUGGUGGCAGUGAAACGUUUACCAGUAUUCCAGUGUCGUCGUUUUUAAAGAAUUUGCGUCGGUGUGCGCGGCCGUCCAACCAACACCUCCAGGAGGAAAAACCAGGAUGAAUUGCAGUCAGAAUGGUGCUCUGGUGCAAGGCAGGAGGCGGCACAGAGCCCCGGCUCGCUGCGGCAGGCAGGGGGAGGUGAAAAAAUAUCACCAUCUGUGAGUAGGGUAAGGUGCAAAUAAGAGGCACACUCACACACACAAACACACACACACACACACACACACGCAGGCCUCUCCCACUGCCAGUCUGUCUGUAAUCUCUGACUGACUGCCAGCCUCUGCAUCGCAGCAGCUUAAUGAAACGCCGCAGCCGCCUCCAUCACAACCGAUUGACUCAGAAAAUCCCCCUCUGGCACACACACACACACACAGACACACAGACACACACACAGAGACACACGCACACGACAUUGCACGCUCAGUCUCCUGCAGACGUGAUGCCUAUAGGCACUGACCUGCUUAUUGAUCGAGUUGUACAACAGUGUAGAUCAACAAAGGGUGCGCGCACACACUGCUGUUACUGCGAGCUCCUGCUCACCAUGAAUGUGACUUUUUUUUUCUGUUUUUGCAGCUCGUUGUCAACAUUUUCAUGUUUCCCAAAUUGUGUUUUUAUUAUUAUUUCGAACUGAGUCUGUUUUUAGCUUAUGCAAACUAAGUUGUGAUUCCUUCCUGUUUUACAACCAAAAGCUCUUACUUCUCCCAAUGCCCCGAUAAAUUGAAUUGUAAUGUAUGAAAAGAAGUUUUUACCAAUCAAUAUGUCUAGUGCUAAAGCUUCAAACGCACACUCGUGUUGUACGUGAUGCCAUAGCGGCUGACACGCAAAGCCAAGGAAGAAAUUAACUCGCCAAAAAAGCCAAAGGAGGUGAAAGAACCUGCCAGCGGAUGAGAUGAAAAUAAUUUAAUGAAAACUGCUUGUAUUUCUGAAAUGUGACAGUUUUAUGACAAAUGAGAUGUAUUUCCAGAGAGAUUGUAAUGAAUUUCAAGUGAAAAUUAAAAACGCCUUAUGCCAAUCACUGUUAGUUUCGUCCCAGGAGUACGUGUUGUCAUUCUGUUUUGGAAGUGGACGUUUUACUAGUCAAAUAAAUAUAUUUUAUGACU